GGCUGGUGGCGCUUCCCCACCCAUCUGACAAGAAAAGAGUUCCGGGUUCUCAACAGCCGAAAGCCGCUCUCGACAUCUGCCUGUUCAUACGGACGGAACAUGUCUCUUUUACUGGAUAACCAAUUUAGAGAACUACCUCCAGACAAGUCUAUAGACACUAAGUUGUUUCUGGAGACUGUCUCUCAUCUCCCAUUAUUUUUCGACUGCCUGGGAUCAAAAGUAUUUUUACCCAUCAAAUCAGACAUAAAUGGAAAUAUAACGAAAAUCAGAGGAGUAUAUCUGAAGGAUCCUGAAAAGUAUGUGACCCUGCAGAGCAUACUUGAGGCAGAACGAGAGGCCAACCCAGCAGAAUGGCCUAAAGUUGGAGCUACAUUAGCACUGAUGUGGCUUAAAAGGGGUCUCCGCUUCAUACAGAUCCUGCUGCAGAGUUUGGCAGAUGGGGAAAAGGAUGAAAACAACCCCAACCUUAUGCGGGUGAAUGUCACCAAAGCUUAUGAGCAGGCGCUGAAGAAAUAUCACGGGUGGAUGGUUCAGAAAAUUUUCAGUGCGGCAUUAGUUGCAGCUCCCUACAGAUCAAACUUCCUGAAGUCUCUGUCCAAAGGAGAGGAAGUGAAAGAGGAGGACUGUUUGGCAAAUGUGCGUCAGUUCUUGGUAAAUUACACCACCACUAUAGAUGCCAUCUAUGAGAUGUACACAAAUAUGAACGCAGAGCUGGACUACACUGUUUGAUGUCCUUUGGACAUUAGUGGACUGGAAUUGCAGCUCCAUUACACCGCUGCAUUGUACUGACAGAAAAAGUCAAAUUUUCGAGUUGGUUUUUAAAGGAUUGUUGUAAUUUUUCCUCAGAGUGUACUAUUUAUUGUUUUAAUCAUGCCUUUUUGAAUAUUUGAUACUAGUGGGUCUUGAAAUUAUGCCUUAAUUAAAACCAAGCAUUAGAUGCUUAGCAUUUGCUCUUCACCAAAUUGGAGGUAAUAGCAGGAUUGUAACAGGGACGAUGCUGCUCUAAUUCUUGCAGAAUGAUUAUUGUUGUUGUGAGAGUUUCUUGCUUAUGACAUUGAUAGGUGACUAAUGCUGGUUUCAUCAAGGGAAACUGUAACAUUGUUGUUACAGGAAACAAUUCAUGGAGUUACCUCAGCUGUUUACUAAGGAGCAGCAGUCUCAGUUCUGUUUUUGGAAUAUUUACAACACAUUUAGGUUGUGUAGUACUAGUUUGAAACUACUGUGUGCCUUGAUGUCACUGACAAAUACACAAGGUUUUCCUUUUAAACACAGCAUUCAUUCAUUUUCACAUUCUAUUUAACUUACUAAGCAAAAGUCCACACCCAGCACAGACUUCUUCCCCUAAGGGCUUUAGGUGUGUGGAGUGUGUGGUGUGUCUGGUUGGUAAGAGGGUGUGGUCUGUUUAACUUGUGUUGUGUUGUUUGUUUUGUUAUUUGUUCUAUGUGGUUCAUUUUCAUUUUUCAACUGACCCAACAACUUUUAAAUGCACUUAACUAUGUCAAACAUUCUAUGCAUGCAUUUAUCAAUUACUUUUUCAUUAGAUCAUUGAUCCACAAUGAAUGAUUUUUUAUUAGUUUUGCUGUUUGUCUCUCAAUAAUCUGCUGUAACAACUUUGAGAAUAUCACAAGAUAUUUAUUUUAAAUGAUUAAAAAUAAAAAACGUGUUUCACAUGA